UCCACUUCGUCCCCAUCGAGCACUCCACGCCGCUCUAGUACUAUCUGCAGCCUCCCACUCUCCCUCUCUGAGUCUCUCCUCUCUCUCGUCUUUGCUGGCGAGAAAAAGCCGGAAAACCCUGCGCAAAUCCGCCGGCUCCUCCACCGCCGAAGCUCCUGGGUCCUCGCCGCCGCUCCGCGCGAGAUCAGCCCGCCGCCGUCGGUGUUUUUCCAAGAUUGGUGAUGUAGAGUGCUCACCUGAAUUUCAAUGUUUCCUCCCACAGUGCAAGAUGAGGAAAUGUUCACAAUGCUCUUAGCUGUGUUUCCUGACAAGUAAUCGCAGAGCUCAUCUAGGACAUCAUCUGGGAUUUCUUGGUUCUUCCUGGACUCCGUGAGUAGUUGUUUGUUUGAAGAUCUUCAUUCAAGAUGAUGCAGAGGCCACCGUUCCGUCCUGAGGAGUACUCCUUGAAGGAGACGAGACCUCACCUUGGAGGCCAUGCUGCUGGUGACAAGCUCACCAGCACCUAUGACCUGGUUGAGCAGAUGCAGUACCUCUAUGUCCGAGUGGUGAAAGCAAAGGAACUUCCAAACAUGGACAUCACUGGGGGCUGUGACCCGUAUGUUGAGGUGAAGCUAGGGAAUUAUAAGGGCACAACCAGGUUUUUCGAGAAGAACAACAACCCAGAGUGGAAUCAGGUCUUUGCCUUUUCGAAGGAGCGCAUUCAGUCAUCAGUUGUGGAGAUUGUGGUCAAGGACAAGGAUCUUGUUAAGGAUGACUUCAUUGGGCGUGUUGUAUUUGACCUGAAUGAGGUCCCAAAGAGAGUGCCACCUGAUAGCCCAUUGGCUCCACAGUGGUAUCGCUUAGAAGACCGACAUGGGCACAAGGUGAAGGGGGAGUUGAUGUUGGCUGUUUGGAUGGGUACUCAAGCAGAUGAAGCAUUCCCUGACGCAUGGCAUUCUGAUGCUGCCUCUGUCCCUGGAGACGGGCUCGCGAGUAUUAGAUCAAAGGUGUAUCUUACUCCAAAGCUUUGGUAUCUACGUGUCAAUGUCAUUGAAGCCCAGGAUCUCAUACCAAAUGAUAAGACCAGGUUCCCUGAGGUUUAUGUCAAAGCCAUGCUAGGCAACCAAGUUCUUAGAACCAGGGUAUCACCAAGCCGGACGCUGAACCCGAUGUGGAAUGAGGAUUUGAUGUUUGUCGCUGCUGAGCCAUUCGAGGAGCACCUGAUGUUGAGUGUAGAGGACAGGGUGGCCCCCGGGAAGGAUGAAGUAAUUGGAAGGACAGUCAUUUCUCUGCAGCAUGUACCCCGAAGGCUGGAUCACAGGUUGCUGACCAGCCAGUGGUAUAAUCUUGAGAAGCAUGUGAUGAUUGAUGGUGAGCAGAAGAAAGAGACAAAGUUUUCCAGCCGGAUUCACUUGAGGAUUUGUCUUGAAGGUGGAUAUCAUGUCUUGGAUGAGUCAACACAUUACAGUAGUGAUUUAAGGCCAACUGCAAAACCUCUGUGGAAACCUAGCAUUGGCAUUCUUGAGCUGGGUAUUCUGACAGCACAGGGCCUGUUGCCGAUGAAAACCAAGGAUGGGCGUGGCACAACUGAUGCCUACUGUGUUGCAAAGUAUGGACAGAAAUGGGUCCGGACCAGGACUAUAAUUGACAGUUUCACCCCCAAAUGGAAUGAACAGUACACCUGGGAGGUGUAUGACCCAUGCACUGUGAUCACAAUUGGGGUAUUUGACAAUUGCCACCUGAAUGGCGGGGAAAAGGCUAAUGGUGCCCGGGACACAAGAAUUGGGAAGGUCCGCAUCCGCCUCUCGACACUAGAAACUGAUCGAGUGUAUACCCACUCAUACCCUCUUAUUGUUCUGACACCUGCUGGUGUUAAGAAGAUGGGUGAGGUGCAGCUUGCUGUCCGUUUCACAUGCUCAUCACUGCUCAACAUGAUGCAUCUGUAUUCACAGCCCCUGCUGCCCAAGAUGCACUAUGUGCACCCACUAUCCGUGAUGCAGGUAGACAACCUGAGGCGUCAAGCCACAAACAUUGUCUCAACAAGGCUGGGCCGUGCAGAGCCUCCGCUGCGAAAGGAAAUUGUGGAGUACAUGCUGGAUGUGGACUCUCACAUGUGGAGCAUGAGAAAGAGCAAGGCAAACUUCUUCCGUAUCAUGGGUGUUCUGAGCCCCCUGAUUGCAGUGGCAAAGUGGUUCGAUCAGAUCUGUCACUGGAGGAACCCGCUGACCACUAUACUGAUCCAUGUCCUCUUUGUGAUACUGGUCCUAUACCCAGAGCUGAUACUGCCCACAAUCUUCCUCUACCUGUUUCUGAUCGGGGUGUGGUACUACAGGUGGCGUCCGAGGCAGCCACCGCACAUGGACACCCGCCUCUCUCAUGCCGAGACAGCCCACCCUGACGAGCUCGACGAGGAGUUCGACACAUUCCCCACCUCCCGCCCACCGGACAUCGUGCGGAUGCGUUACGACCGGCUGCGGAGCGUCGCCGGGAGGAUCCAGACCGUCGUCGGGGACCUCGCGACACAGGGUGAGCGGCUGCAGUCCCUGCUGAGCUGGAGGGAUCCGAGGGCCACGGCGCUGUUUGUGGUCUUCUGCUUCAUCGCUGCCAUCGUCCUGUACAUCACGCCGUUCCGCGUCGUGGUCUUCCUUGCCGGCCUGUACGUGCUGAGGCACCCCAGGUUCCGCCACAAGAUGCCGUCCGUCCCGCUCAACUUCUUCAGGCGGCUCCCGGCGAGGACCGACAGCAUGCUGUAGUCGCAUCUGGUUGUUAGGCUUCCAUGGCUGGUUCCGUUCUUCACCUGCUAAUUGCAACUCGAAUGGUUAUGUCUUAAAUGCAUCCGAAAACAAUGAACUGCUAGCUUUCUAUGUUAUUGUGUAGUGUUUGUAUUCCAAGAUGCGUGGUUUUGCUUCUGAAGUGAUAUUGAACCAGAACUUCUAUUAUCUAAAAGAAGAAAGAAGCAGAGCUUCCAUUUCCAGGUGAA